AUGCCCUCGGCAGAGACUGAUGCAACAGGCUUCGUGAGCACAGACACGACCAACAAGCUGAUUGUAAUCGCAUUCCGUGGCUCCAAGAGCAUCGAUAAUUGGGUAGCCAACAUCGACUUUCAGAUGGAAGACGUGAGCUUCUGCUCCGGUUGCCGAGCGCACAGCGGGUUUCUGGAAUCAUGGAACGAAGUGCAAGACGGUGUCAUCAAAGCCGUGCAAGCAGCGCAAGCCCAGUUCCCAGACUUCAAAGUCGUUAUAACGGGCCACAGUCUUGGUGGCGCCAUGGCGACUAUUGGUGCAGCUGCACUACGCACGAUUGACAUUCCUGUGGACCUCUACACGUACGGAGCCCCGAAGUCUGGAAACGAGGAGUGGGCGACAUUCUUGAGCGGAACGGAUAAGGGAGAAAGCUUCCGGGUCGUGCACAAGGAUGAUGUCGUCCCAACACUACCGCCGAGCGUCCCGUUCUUGAUGCCAUAUACGCAUGUGCAGCCGGAGUAUUAUAUCACCACCGGUAACCAGGUGAACGUGACGGGGCAGGAUGUCAAAGUGGUUCCUGAAGGCGAUAACGGUGGUAUGGAUAUUGCCGCGCACUUGUGGUACUUUAACAAAAUCUCGGCUUGCGAUGGACUGUUCGAUCUGAAGGUGAAGCGAAUGGUGGAGGAUCUAUCGUAG